CGAAAAACUUGUAAUUGUAAUUCCUGACGUUGUAGAAGAAGGUGACGCUAAGAAGUGCUCUUGCUACGACAAUGACGCUGAGAAGUUUUAUUGCUGCGACAAAGAUGUUGCGCUGUGGUAGCAAGUCGCUGCUUGCUGUCUACAUCGCGGCUUUUGCGAUCGUUGCGACGACGUCGAUCGAAACGGCGAACAAGACAUCCACCAAGACAUCUAUUCAAACAUCCAUCAAGACAUCUAGUAAGACAUCUAACUCUAUUAAGACGUCCACCAAGACAUCCAUCAAAAGCUCUACAAAAACAUCUGGAAGAUCCACACGUCUCUCAGGAGGUGGAAAUAGUUUCAUUGCGACCACAAAAGACCAUGGAACGAAGGAUCAUAGAACAAAGGCCUCUCCCCUCGCGGGGAAUAGUAUGGUCCAGAAAUUAUUGGGGUAUCUGGAGCAACUGUCCACGGAAGCCAGCCAGCAACUGGAUGGACGCACUGCCCUAUUUCAGACAACGGACGCCGAACUAGCACAGAGUCUCGAGGCACAAGAUUAAGGAACCUGAUAGAAGAAGUACUCUGUUUAUUAUUUAUUGUUGGAUGAAGUACUCUGUUAAUAUCUCUCAUAGAAGUACUAAUAUCUCUCAUAGAAGUACUCUGUUUAGUCUCUGUUAUAAAGAUCUAUUUGUAGAAUGAUACAGAGGACUACCUGUUCUGCUUGGAUCUUGUAAUUACUUUGUUAGACUCGGUGCAUGUGUGACGAGGAAGAGACAAAUAAAGUCAGACUGUAAGCAGGGGAUGAAGAUUCGAAAUAAGACUCACGAGGACCUUGUAAAAUCAUGUUGACAUCACAACAACCUUCAUAAUUUUUCUGCAAGCUACACAACGAACUACUGGUUAGAAUCUCACUCAUCUAAUUUUCGAAAAUUUUUGGUUCCUCGAAUGCUACUCUGAUCGCAGCGGAAGCAACCUUGGUGCAGGCCAAAACAGACCUCUCGGAUCGUGCCGAUGAGCAGGCGCGUUUGGUGACAGAGACAAAAGAAGCGCGAGUUAUGUCUGACUAGCAUGGUUAGUCUGAUCAUAUGAUGUAUUCUUUCAUACAUUUAAUAUUGUAUUGCAUCCAUAAUCUGUGAGGGAAAUCUUAAACAGGUCGCCGAAUAGAUUCAAAUCAUCACUGUCUUGCAUCCAUAAUCUGUCCGCUAGACUAGUAGACCUAGUACUUGAGACACCACAAGGGUGUCGAUUGCAUUAGAAUCAAACGUGGAUAAUCACUGACAGAUUGAUUGACUAUCAUCAACAUGAUGAUAGAGGACGGGUUCCACCGAAAAAACACGUGGUACAGUUCAAGACCUUAUAUAGAGAAAAAUAAAUCUUGCUAAUGUUCCACCUCAUCUAAGUAGAACACGCUAGAGCAAAAGAAGUCGGAGCGAAAAGCGGAGAAUGCUGAGUACAGGGAAUCUCUGGAGAAAAGCGGGAAGUUUCGCAGUGCUGUGCGCACUGCCCUAGAGCAUUUCGAUGCCAUGGACCUUAUGUCUUAAAGGAAGAACGAACAAUGAAUCGUAUAUCUCAUGUCUUAAAGGAAGAACGAACAAAAAAUCUUUCUUUCGCUUUUUCUGCCGUUCGCUAUUUUGCUCUCUGCAACUAUGCUGCUCCCUGUUUCUCUGUUGCUCACUCUCUUCCAAUCCCUUUAUCCCGCUCUGUCUGUGUGUGUGUGUGUCUCUCUCUCUCUCUCUCUCUCCAUCCCUCUACCUCUCUUUCCCUCUAUUUCACUCCGCCUUCUUCCUCUCUAAUCUUUUUGGCGGGAAUUCUACGAGCAGCGGUGUCCAAGACUUGCGGUCGAUGAUUGAGGUGCUGUCGCAGCAGGCUUUAGAUGAGCUAGUUAAGAUUUUGAUGGACCACUAGUUGGGAUGUUCCAUGGUCUUCUUGGUUUAUUCUGCAAUGAGUUAACGAAUGACUACAUUCACAAGUAGACAGCAAUAGCUACAUGAGCGGUGCCACGACAUAACGUGAGGCCUUAGACUUAGAAGAGGAAUAGGCGCUGAUGCUUCUGGCGCCUUCUCUAAUUUCAAGACCCUAAACGGGAACGAGAAGCUUGUAGAAACUACUUUUGCAGCAGAAAAGGAGACUCUGGAAACCCAAAUCGACACCGCCGAAAACCGUCUCAACGAAAUCGAAGAAGAACAAAAAUAAGGCAAAAAAUAAGCUAGCUUGUGGUGAAGUCUUGGCGAAACAUAACCCGAUUUUAAAGAUACAUAAGGGCUGAAAAGUAAGCAUGAUUGUUUAUUAGAUGUUCUCGAAUGACACUGAUGAUUCUAAGCUACGGAACUUGCUGCCAAAAUCGAGGCAGCAAAAGAGGAGAAGCAGACGGCCUCAGCCAUGCAGACGAGCAGCGAGGAACUCAUCACCUCUCUGCAGCAAGAACGGGAGAAAAACGAGGAAGAAUUCACGAUCCUCGAUAAAGAACUACGUGCUCAAGCCUCUGCCUGUCAAGCGGCAAUAGACGUAUUCAAGAUUAUGGUGAGAUGAUAGAACUCGAAACCUAUUACAGUCUAAAUAUGCACUUGAUCGUACUCGAGUCUGAUCAUUCUAAUCUCAGUGCUGGCGCAGCUCCGACCCUCACUGCAUUGCAGACGGGACAUCAAACCGCGGCGUACAAAAGUGGUGCUAAGAGGAGUAGCCAUGCACCACUUCAAGUGGAACCAGCCAUGAAGAGUCCCUUGAGUUUGUUCACGGUAGCACAACAAACCGUUCUUAGCUUUCCGAGCAUUCGGGCGCAUCGAAUGUUUUCGACUCUACAGGAAGCGAAGCGCCUCUACAAGCAAAGCAAAGGGGGUCGCAAGAGUGUCGCCGAAAUAAACUACCAUAAUCCACCGCAGCAGGAGAACAACAUCAACAUCAAAUCCCUUCUCACAACCGCAACUACAUUCUCAUUAAGGUGAAUUCAAUAACAAUUCCAAUGUAACUUUACAACUCUAAUGCAGCUUGUCUCUACCUUUAGUGAAGUCUUUGUUGUUUUCAGGAAAUAAGAUACGUACCAAGAACAGGGUGAGCUCUAAUAUCAUCAAAGAAACAAGAAGAACAAAAACAGCCUAGCUACGUUGAAGCCUCUUUGAGUGGAGUGGUCACCAUGGUGCGAGAGUUGAUCGCGGACCUCAAGGCUCAGAAUGUAGAGGACAUGAAAGCGCAGGAGUACUGCAAUAAGUUAAGGCUUGUGUAAGAGUAUUUUAUCCGAGAAGUAGUGGCGUUCCAAGAAGAGCAUUCCAAGAACCAAGAACACUACUUCCAAAAAGAGCCAGGGGACCAUCUUCCCCAGUAGAGGUCUCUUGCUUCACAUAAAGAGAAAACAAGCCAGCGCCAGGUAAGAGCGACUAACAUCUUGUCUGGUCCUCUUGUUUCGACUGAACUGCGCACUGAGACUUUCUCACAAACCUACUUGCCCUUAUGGCAGUCCGCACCGGGUUGGCUUGUGAAUUGUACACUCGUCCCCUCUCCUCUCUUCUAAGUACCAUGCUAGCCAGCGACAAACAGACUUUGCAGUCUGCUAAGGGGAUUCUAGACUGGUACGUGAAGAUGGACGACGAGUUGAGGGCGGAUGUUGCGGAGCUAGCUGACUCAACCCAAGAUGCAACAGAAGCGAUUGUUAAGGCUGUUCGUUGUUGUUGUUGUUGUUGUUGUGUGGGGUCUACUCGUACUUCUAGAUGAAAUUGUAGACGAACAAGGAACUAGUGUAGGAUAGUUGUAAUGUAGUUCUGAUGCUUGUUGUACUAGUCUAGAUGACCAAGGCUUAUAAUUUGUUAGCGUAGGGUCCACUUGGUCUAGAAGUAGAUGCAUUAGCAGUUUAGACUUGGCUGUUGUAGACGCGUAAUAAAUGAUUCUAAGAUUCCAGAAACCAAGCGCGAGAUCGCGGAACGCAAUGUAACUUUCGUGACCGGGCAAAACAUGGAUUCCACUACCGUUGCGGAAGCCCUAGAGGCCAUCCCCAUCGUGGAAGAGGCUUUGCUGCAAUUGGAGGGUCCGGAAUUUAUCAAUAACAAAGCCAUCCAAGGUGCUAUUGCUAUGUUAGACGUGGUAUCUGAGGACUUGGAAAAAACUGUGUCCGAAACCGAAGCCGAAAUGACCGAAAAGCAAGAGGAAUAUUACAAUUAUGAUGAAAGUAUGAGGACUAAUCUUGAAAACUUUUGAGAGCCAAGGGCCUCCAGUUGUGUCUACUUUUCUUUUUGAUUGUCUAGUGUUACAGUGUUACAACCUAGUACAUUGAAUGAGUACUACUCAUUACUUCUCCGUUCUCCGUGCAGCACAUUAAAUGAGGUCCCUUUCCUUCUUCCCAACCACCAGCGACCAUGACAGCGUCAUCGGAUAUUCCCACUCCCCUUCAUUCCACAAUCGCUACUGAUUCCCUUGCUGCUCUGUCUGGUCUGCAAGAGGAAUUCACAGUGCAGAACGAAACCAUGUGGGGCAAGGGAAGUCUACUUUUCACCAACGAGCUCCACCACGAACCUUGGGCAAGCCAGAAGACCGAAGCAGCGAAAAAAAAACUCGCGAACAGCACUCGGAUGUGUAAGUACGGACGAAAAUGUGAACUAUCCCUUCAAGCAACCCAAUCUUAAUCUUUCUCUGAAUUUCUCUAGAUUCUAUCUGUAAAAAGUUGUGGUCUUCUUUCUCUAGUCUUUUUCUCAAAAAUUGAUCUUCAUCCUUUAGACCUUAGCCCCUCACUCUCUAAUACAACGUCGCCGAGGACUACGAAGCCCGAGCUGCGAAGCGUGACUCGCUGUUAUCGAGCCUGAAGAACGCCUUGGCUAUGGUAGAGCAGCAAUCAGCUGCUCUCACAACAUCCGCAGCUUUGGUGCAAAAAAAGGCUGCUGUUGUCCCGCGAGAAGGGAAAGCAGUUGUGUUGAAGUUAAGGCUGAUAGUACUACUAGAGCUUCUAGUCUGUGAUAAUCCUACUAGUCAUAAUGUUACUUGGUGGCUGUUUGCUCGAUAGACGGGAAUAGCAUAAGGACCUACGCACUACUACACCUCCAAAGCAGCAAGAAAAGGAGAACAAGAGAAGCACAUACGACGCUCUUGAUGCCGCAGAGGAUGAAGUGAUGAAUCUGGAUUUCAAGCAGGAAAUCAAGCAUCAACGUAAAAUCUGGGAUUAAGGCAACCGCUGGAGCAUCCUCAGCACCAUCCCUGGCCCCUUUUUCAAGGGAGAAAAGGGCACAGGGAUGGGGUCAGGGAUGCGACGCGGUAGCUCUAAUGGGAGGACAAAGUCGCGAAGAAAUACAAGAUCGCAGACGUGGACGGCCUGAAGGAAAAAGCCACCUCGCAGUCUACUUUUGGACUGAAAUUCUUGCAACGGGGUCAACAACAGGAAAAAUCGGCUCACAAGAAGGAGAAAACAACGAGUGAGAAGAAACAGGAACCCGUUGACCCAACUCUGGUGGAUAACGAUCCCAGCACAUCACCGGUCAAUAAUGUGAUCAGCCUCUUACAGUUAAGGCUUGGAUAUGUUGUCCAUCUUUUCCCACAUCUUGGCCUCGUUUUGAAGCGGGGAAAGAGUUCCAGGAUGCGCUACUACUCACUUUCUGAUGGAUUUUUUUAUAUUUGUUAUGGUCUAAUACAUGCAGUCCGCUCCGAUGUGGAGAGAGAUGCUUCUGCUGACCUAGACUUCAUCGAACGAAUGCGCCACUACUGUGAGGUGUCAAAAAAGGAAGCACAGUGGCAAGUCGAAAACAGCGAUGAGGAAGAACUUUAUGAGGAAGUCUUCUAACUGAUUCAGGCAAAUAGGCGUAUUUGGAGAUGCGAUCUUCUGAAGCUCUGCACAUUCCAAUUAAUAUUCCAACGACUUGACACUUCGCUAAUCUCUCCUGAACAAACGUGAUGGUAUAACCGGAACGUUGGCUACGCUCGCUCUGGAGAUCUCCAACUUCGAGGCUGAUCAAGACACACAGCAAGCACGCCUGAAAGAAUUGUCUGAAGUAUUCGAGAAGGAGCGUGCAGAGCUGAUGAAAACCGAGAAGGAACUAGUCGAAUCGAUCACAGCGUUGAAGGGAGCAUUGACGGUUUUGGAGAAACAUACUGCUGGUGCUGCUUCUGCGGGAAGUGCAGUACUGCUGUUCUUGCAGAAGGCAGGCUUGAGCUUUGAUUCGUCUUUGGUAGAAGAAGUGCAGAGAAAGUUGUCGGGGGAUGGAAGUUAUGGAAGAGGACUGCUGAUAUGUACUCUGGGAAUUUAGUAGGUGGUCGUUGAAAGUCAAAGUUCCCUUCUUGGAUAGAACUUUUGAGUCCUGAUGAUUUCGUACUGGUGACUGUGGGAUGUUUACUGAUGACUUUGGCUAAGAAUGCGGAUCGCUGUAUAUCCCUCCCAAUCUUGUGGCUCUAAUCCCGUCUUCGGACCUCGAGCCACGACAAAAAACCACUACCCUCUUUCUUGGCCAGCACAAGUUCUAUUGCGACUGCUUCCACUUCUUCUACGUCCCAGCAUAAGGGCACAGGUUACAACGAUGCGGGUGCGGACAGAGUUUUCGGCAUCUUGAGUACAAUGCGCGAAACCUUCGAAAAGCAACUGGAGGAGACACGGACUGCGCUCACCAAAUCCAAUACUGAGUAUGCUGUUUUGCGCACGAAGAAAACAGAGGCAGUAUCAGCAUUGGACUCGCAAUUGAGUUUACGCUAUAGAGGAUUGUGGUGAUUCAGGGUUGUAGGUGUACUAGUCACAGUGCUGUAGUGUGAUGUUAUAAUCUUAUUAAUUAAUGCGAAGUAAUGUCAUGAGAUCUACUUUUUUAUGAUCAACCACGACGAGGACCCUUACCCACUACAACCACUGGAAACCGUGAUCUGAGUAACUGCAGACAGCCUAAUUUUCCUUUCUCAUCGAUAGUAGAGGUUCUUUGUUGUAGAAGACCAGGACAUUUCCUUCCUCAGCGAUGCGACCCCUCUAACACCUGAGAAGCGCAGCUCGCAGAGUGUCAACUCCUUGGAGCUAUCCAAGAUUGAAAAUCAGUUAGCCAAAGCAGGCAACGUGCUGGAAGAGGCGAAAAAAACCUUGUUUGAGCUGGAGCAAAGUUGUGCCAAAGAAAACGACGAAUUCGCUGAGCGAGACAGCGCCCGAGCAGAGGAGCUGGCUGCUUUGGACACUACAUUGCAACGAUUGGCAUUAAGGCUUGCCCAAAUUCAUCUUCCUUGAAAAAGUACGAGCGAUAUGAGAACUUGUCAAGACAACAACUGGGUAUAGGGGUAUAAACUACACUUCAACAUGCAUUCCUUGAGAAGAGCCAUCUUUGUUUGAGGCCUUCUUGAUAGAUAGGGAACGAAAGUGAGAACGCCAUGAUUGCUGUCUUGCAAGAUGAAUUUGAGCAGGCUCUAAUGGCAGGUGGGAAUACCGAAGGAACUACUGGCUCGACGAGUGCUGAUAGUACUUCUGAGAACGAAGGACAAGUGGAUCUGCGUCUCCGCAAUGCUGAGAUGAAGGAGUUAGCUGGGAAUAGAGGACGGGGUCUUACAACAACUAGAGGUUCUUCUACUGGCACAGCUGGAACUAAAAGAGCUACGUCUACAGUCGUUAACAAGAUCCCUUCUCGUUUUAGAAGUGCAGUUGAGGACCGUGCCAAGGACAUGAUCGAUGGCGAAUUGGGCAAGAACAUGAACAAACAACACAAAGCUGACAUGGAGAAGAGCAUCAUGACCCACGCGUCGGACGUAUCAGGUGGAGCUUUGGGUACUUUGAUUCGAGGACAGAAAGCUGUGAAGUUAAGACAUCGACAGCUAUAAUCCAUCUUCUCUAGUAGCUGGUGUUCCUAGUAGGGGCUCGAAAGGAAUCUACUUCGAGGAACUACUUUUCAGGCGCUAGAGAUACAAGGGAUACUCUUGUUGAAGAAUUCCCAAUACAUAGCGAUGGAUGAUCGAUUAUAAGUACAGGGCACCAAAGCGCCUCUAAUGAAGGACAGUACGAACAACUACAUGAAGACCACCAGCAGUACCACAAAACGCGAAGAUUUCAAAGCGCAGAUGCGAAACGCAGGGCGAAUGAUGUUCUCCGAUGACGCGUCCACGUUGCAAUCGAAAUUGGAGAAGAAGAACAAAAGCCGUCAUGGUUCUGGCGUCAGGUUGAAAAGUUCAUCUUCGAGUUCGAGUAGCGCAAAAAUUGUACCAUCAACAGCUCGACAACGUGCAAGAAGAACAGCAACAGCUUCUACAAUGACUUCUUCCAGGAUCAAGAACGCUCAUGCUGGCCUUCAGUUUUUGUUGCAGAAGCAAAUGCAGUCCCAGUCACCCGAACAGGACCAAAACACUGAUCUUGCUUUCGCUAUGAGCUUGAUCGUGGGUAAGCUCGACGAACGCGUUGUCGAGAUGAAGAAGCAGAAGAAACAAGAGCAACUAACCCACGACAAAUGUGUUGAGGAACAACAACAGGCAGCCCUCGCUCUGACCGAGAAAACCCAUUUUUAUGGUCGGCUUUCAUUCAUCUCUCUCAGCAUCUUGGCACUUUUUGCCCCUGUGUUCCCUUGAAAGACAAGGGCAAUGGCAUCAAGAUGGGGGAAGCUUGAUGAAUUCUAGCACACUUCUCCAACAUUCGUAUGACACCACAGCAGGGAAAUUGGAACUCAGCGAGGGAUUGGCUGCUUUUUUUCCCGCAAAGAUCGAAGGAAAGCACAACGAUGUUGCGGAAUUACAGGGAGAAUUAGAGUCGUUGGGUGCUACCAUGGUGGAAGAAGAAGGAGAUAUCAAUUAUGAAUGAGCCAAUCAACAUGUAGUCUUAGUCUCCAACGCCACUGUGGUCUACAACACUAGCAGACCCAUUUACUGUUCGAGGUCUUCUUGGUAAUAGUUAGAUAGCGAAACCUUGAGGUUAUUCUAGUUCUUCGUGAUACAGUAGACGCUCUCAACUCAUUGGGAUCAAAGUUUCUUGAAUUCUAAGGCCAAUGAGAUUGAUAGUUCGUCUUCGGCACCACUCAUACGACCAGUCACAACCACCCACAUCACCAACACCCUUACAUUCUAACUCCCACGCAAACUCGAGGAUGACAAGGAUGCCGCCUCUGUCCUGCACUCAGCUAUUGAUGAGCUAGAGCGGUUCUAUGGAAAUCCUACUGUAAUAGAAGAAGGUGGGAUGUUUGGUUUCCUAGACACCACAAGCACAACAGCCUCUACGACAGUUGCGCCACUGGAAUCCCCAGAUGAAGAGCCAGGGAUGCCAGGUCCCAGUGCGACGCUUGGAAACUCCACUGUGUCGAAGCCGCCGGCGCCAGCUAAAGCGUUUAAGAACAGAAGAUUAAUAGUGUUGACGGUGAUUUGUUUGAACACCAACGAUCAUGUGAAUCUUUCUGGUAAGUACUUGACUUGAACUUCCUUACUCACAUUGUACAUAGCAAACCUUGUUGGUGCAAACCCCACACUCCUUUAACCCCCACGAAAAGCACCAAACUGGUGGCAGCGUGGUUGUGCUGCUCAAGACGAUGCUGGAUGAGGUGCAUGCGACGAUCGAUGAUGAUAUUGCUCGCUUGGAUGAGUUGAGAGCUCGAUAUUUGAAUUAAGGCGCAAAGUAAUUCAUUUGAACCCAAGAAAUGAACCUAAGAAAUGAACAGUCUGGAGCUCUAACUAAAGCAGAAGGCCAACCUUCAGGGUACCAAUCACGCACUUGCAAAGCAACUGAACACUCUCCAGUCUGAGUCUAUCUCGGCGAACAGAACGGUCACGGAGCAGACAGCGAUGCGCGAUGAUGCGACGGAUGCUGAGAAUUAUGAAG